CGAGUGAAAUGACAGCUCUCUCCUCGGUCUCUGUGGAAAUCGACACAGUUGGUGAUUUCUGGCAACUUCAAAAUGGAAAGGAAUAAAAACAUUACCUAGAUAUUUGCAUGGAAUGUAAUGACUAUAUAUAUAUAUAUAUAUUGUUUCUGAAAUAUUAAUGUUUUUUGUUGUAGUAUCCGGUUAAUGUUAUUUGGGUUGUCAGCGUUUUUUAGGGAGCUUUUUGUUUUGUUAUAAAGCUAGCAGCAAGCUAACUGUUAGCUUUUACGAGAAGGCCAGACUUUUCUUUAUUUGCUGUCAUAAUUCGCAUGAACUAGUUAACUACCUUUUUAUUUUAUUUUACACAGGGAAUAAAUUAGGUCUACAUAUCGUCGUGCUUGCUCUGUUUGUUUACACUUGUUUAUUUUCAAACUCUUGAUUCUCUUACGUGACCGCAUUUUAUUUUUUUAGGUUUGUUUUUGAGGGGGACAAUAAGGAGGCAAGUAACGUUUACUUGUUACUAGUCUUAGUUUCCUACCUUGGCUUCGGACACCUUUGUGUUUUAUCUUCUGUAUUGAAGUAUCUGGUGAAAGGGAACAUUUUCCACCAUGCUUGUGGAAGGUGGUGUGUUGCUUUGGGCCAGUUUCCACGGUCCAAAACUGUAAAAAACAAGGGACUUGACGACUCAACAAUCAUCAGCUGUUUCACCUGGACGUGUUGGAUACCAACGUUAAAACGACAUCAACUCAACUACUUCACUUAACUUGCUCUGUUCCAUUUGACAGCUUAUCACCCUCCUUCCCUUUAUAUAUGAUCAGUUUUGUGUCUGGGACAUUUUAGUUAACAUUUGUUCCUUUUUCGUUUCCAUCAUGUCUUGUGUUCAUUAUAAAUUCUCAUCUAAACUCAACUACGACACGGUCACUUUCGACGGUGUGAACAUCACUUUAUCCGAUCUGAAACGACAGAUUAUGGGUCGGGAGAGACUCAAAGCUGUCGACUGCGGACUACAAAUCACCAACGCACAAACUAAAGAAGAAUACAAAGACGAUGAGGCCCUGAUAUCCAAGAACUCCUCUGUCAUCAUCAGAAGAAUACCCAUCGGCGGAGUGAAGGCUACAAGCAAGACGUAUAACAUUGAUCGUUCUUCAGAACACAACCUCCCCGUUCAGAACUACCCCGUUGGAUCCUCCAAAAUUGAUGAUCAUGCUGCAACUAUAUCACUGGCCCAACUCUCAAAGACGGGGAACCUGGCGGAGGCCAACGCCUCGGAGGACGACAAGAUCAGAGCCAUGAUGUCACAGUCCAACCACGAGUACGACCCCAUACAUUAUGUGAAGAAGUUGACGGGUCCCCCUCCAGCCAACUACACCUGUUAUCGCUGUGGGAAGAACGGACACCACAUCAGGAACUGUCCUACCAACGGGGAGAAAGGGUUUGAGCCGCCCCAGAGGAUCAAGAAGAGCACCGGGAUCCCCCGGUCCUUCAUGAAGGAGGUGGACGACCCGUCUAUAAAGGGGGCCAUGCUGACCAACACCGGCCGCUACGCCGUCCCUACUAUAGACGCUGAGGCCUACGCUUUAGGUAAGAAGGAGAGGCCUCCGUUCGUCCCCAGGGACCAGUCCAGUUCCGAGGAGGACGAGGACCCGGUCCCUGAUGAGCUGCUCUGUCUGCUGUGUAAAGACCUGAUGACUGACGCUGUGGUCAUACCCUGCUGCGGCAACUCCUACUGCGACGACUGUAUCCGUACGUCUCUGCUGGAGUCAGAGGAACAUGUUUGUCCCACCUGUAGCCAAUCGAAUGUCUCCCCUGACGCCCUCAUAGCCAAUAAGUUCCUACGCCAGGCGGUAAAUAACUUUAAGAACGAGACCGGUUACACCAACCGCAUGAUGACGAGAGUAGCCCAGCCCCCCGUCGUCCCCACCCCUCCUCUCCAGCCUCAAUCCCGCCCUCAGUGCCCGCUCCAGCCUAUCAGGAGCCAGCAGGACCCUCUCAUGCCCCGCCCUCCAGCCUUAGACACGCCACCAUUGGCUCAGCAGCAGCAGCAGGUUGGCCCGCCCCUCAGAGUCGGGAACCAUAAUAACUCCUCCCACAUGGCUGCUGGCUCCUCCUAUAACUCAACGGGGCCCUCCCCCCAGCACCCAACCAAUCACAACAACACGCUUAUUAUAACAAAAGAGCCAGAGAGUGGAGGAGUUCAGUCUGUGGUGGUCUCAGCCGACCCCCUCUACCCCUCAGGUCGUGGCAGGAACCAUAGCGACCGCGCCCCUCCCUCCCAGCCUCUGCCGCCCUCCAACGUGCCACCCCCUCUCUACAACCCUCCCUCCAUUUUCUCCUCCCUCUCCCCCAUCCGCCAGGUGUCAUACCCCCCACUACCCGCCUCCCCACUUCCCCCGGGCAACAGCCCCCUCCAGCUUCUCCCUGCCCCCUCCUGGCUACACCCCCACCCCAGGAGUCACCAACCCCCCUGGGCGCCCCCAACACCCAGCCCCCCCCUCACCGGGAAGCCAAUCCCCUCUUCCUUCCUGUCCAAGGAUGAGUUCUACAGACAACAGAAGAGACUGAAGGAUAACUCCCACUGUCGCUACGGUAACCGGGAAAAGUCCAAGCUGGAUGAGUUCACGAACGACUUCGCCAAAGAGCUGCUAGAGUACAGAAAGAUCCAGAAGGAGAGGAGACGCUCUUAUUCCAGGUCCAGGUCUUCCUACAGUAGCUCAUCCUACUCCAAAUCCCGUUCCCGCUUUCGUUCAUACUCCCGUUCCUCCAGUCGUUCCAGAUCCCGUUCCAGGUCCCGUUCCAGAUCCCGUUCCAGGUCUUACUCCCGCUCCUCUCCGUUCCGCCGCCGCGGACGACCUCGCGGCUACCGCUCCCGUUGUGGCUACCGCCGAUCGCGCUCGCCGCCGCCUUUCAGGGACCGAGACGGUGCGGGACGGGGUAGAGGACGGGGACGAGGUUACCGGUCACGCUCUAAAUCACCUGGCCAAGGUGGGUACCGAACCCACACUCCUCCACCCCCAAGCUCCAGGAAACCUGUCGUCGCUGGGCCUCCACCGGAAGGUGAGAGGAAAUACCCGGGCCGGAUCCGGGAGAGGGAUCGGGAGCCGGCGGCGUACGACCGUGGUCCAGAGCACAAUGACCCGUACGAGAGGGAGAGGUACCGGGAGUGGGAGAAGGAGUACAGAGAAUGGUAGAAAUACUUCAAAAACUACAACUCCCACGACCCUCCUCCUCCCAAUAACCCCCCCUCCCUACAGGGGCCGACCCGCCUUUACCGUGAGAGGAGGCGAGGUGAAGACUAUCCCCCUCCCUCCUCAAACCCUUCCCCCAGGGGCAGGAACCAGCCAAUGACUUACCAGGAGAAGUGUGCCGAGCAGUUUGGUAAUCUGCCGGUGACCCGGUCAGCCAAUCAGGAUCCUCAGACGCCGUUGAAGGUCGCUAAGGGUGACAGAGAUCCGUCGUCGAGCGCCGCCGCGACCUCCGACCUGAAAGAGCAGAAGCACAGGAAGAGGAGGAAGACUGAGCAAGGGAAAGAGGAAGAGGAGUCCUUCAGUGCAUCGGACUCUACGGACGACGCUCGGAAAGAAGAGGAGGAGAAGAAGAAGAGAACCAGGAGUACUCCCGUUGGUUCGUCAAGCCAUGAUGACUCCACCCCCGUACGGGACGAGCCAAUAGACAGCGACUCCUCAGACUUAGUCCCCCCGGACAAAGCUGACAGGUGGACCAGGGACGUUAAGGAGAAGGAAGUGAGGCGAAAGAGUGACAAGGUGUAUAAACGCAGACCGGAUUCCAGAGCAGCGAGGAAAGACUCAUCGUCCAAGAGCUGGAAGACCGCAAGAGAUAGAGACGUAGAGACGGACCAGGACAAGACCGGUACAGCCCGGGAUAAGACCACCCCAGCCAGAACGGCCUACCAAGAGACUUCUCUAACAGAACCUUCAACACAGUUAGAACCGACCCAGACCAGUUUAAACCAGUUAGAACCCGACCCAAACCAGUUUAAACCUGUCAGAACAGACCUGGACCAUUCCAGACCAGCCAAGGAGGAGCAGAGAGGGAAGAGAGAUACAGGGGUUCGGCAGGACAGGGGCUCAGGGAGAGAGGCCAAGCCCAGGAGAGAGGCUGACAACAGGCUGGGUAGAGAGCAGGAGAGAGCCUCUGGCAAAGCUCCAGACACCAAAUCUGAGAAGAGGAGGAGGAAGGAGGAGGAGGAGGAGGAAGAGGGGAAAGAGAGGAAAACAAGAAAGGAAGAGAGGAGUAUGUCUGAUAAAGAGAUGGACGUGCCCCAAAUCAAAUCUCCCAGUGUGGAGCUCACCGACACCGUAAAAACCUGCAACCUCAAACGUGACGUAGAGAAGGAGACGGAAAGAGAGGACGAGAGAGCUUCCGUAAGGCCUCUGAUGGAGAGUGGGAUGAAAGGAGGAGAAACUCAGAGGAAGAUCAAGACCAACAGAGAAGAAGGGAGGAGGACCGCUGGGGUUGUGAGCGUGGCCGGAGGAACAGAGGCAGCCAAUCAGAGCAGCUGUAUAAAGGGGAAGCAAAGCCAAGAGGGCCCCACCAGUCCUCCAGGGGCAGUAGUCCAGUGUGGGGAGGUGGUGUCUAUAUUAACUACCAGUCCUCCAGGGGGCAGUAGUGCUGUGUGUGGUGAUGGAGCAGACGGCAGAGCAGAGCAGAGGAAGACUGUCGUUAAAACACUGGAGGAAUACACCAACAACAUCUCGACACCUGCUGACGGCCAUAUUGUACUCAUACAGGUCAGAGACACACAGUCGUUCCAGAUCCCGUUCCAGGUCCCGUUCCAGAUCCCGUUCCAGGUCUUACUCCCGCUCCUCUCCGUACUCCCGCCGCCGCGGACGACCUCGGGCUACCGCUCCCGUUCCCGUGGCUACCGCCGUCGCGCUCGCCGCCGCCUUUCAGGGACCGAGACGGUGCGGGACGGGGUAGAGGACGGGGACGAGGUUACCGGUGAGAGGAAAUACCCGGGCCGGAUCCGGGAGAGGGAUCGGGAGCCGGCGGCGUACGACCGUGGUCCAGAGCACAAUGACCCGUACGAGAGGGAGAGGUACCGGGAGUGGGAGAAGGAGUACAGAGAAUGGGGCAGGAACCAGCCAAUGACUUACCAGGAGAAGUGUGCCGAGCAGUUUGGUAAUCUGCCGGUGACCCGGUCAGCCAAUCAGGAUCCUCAGACGCCGUUGAAGGUCGCUAAGGGUGACAGAGAUCCGUCGUCGAGCGUCGCCGCGACCUCCGACCUGAAAGAGCAGAAGCACAGGAAGAGGAGGAAGACUGAGCAAGGGAAAGAGGAAGAGGAGUCCUUCAGUGCAUCGGACUCUACGGACGACGCUCGGAAAGAAGAGGAGGAGAAGAAGAAGAGAACCAGGAGUACUCCCGUUGGUUCGUCAAGCCAUGAUGACUCCACCCCGUACGUGGACGAGCCAAUAGACAGCGACUCCUCAGACUUAAACUCAUAUCCCCCUGCACCUUUAGCAUCAGCUCCCAAACGACCUCCUCCUAAACCCCACCCAGACUCAUUCAAACCGGUUAGAACUGACCCAAACCAGUUUAAACCUGUCAGAACCGACCCAGACCAGUUCAACACAGUUCAAAUCCACCCAGACUCAUUCAAACCGGUUAGAACUGACCCAAACCGGUUUAACCCUGUCAGAACCGACCCAGACCAGUUCAACACAGUUAGAACUGACCUAAACCAGUUUAAACCAGUUAGAACCGGCCCAGACCAGUUUAAACCAGUUAGAACCGACCCAGACCAGUUCAACACAGUUAGAACUGACCUAAACCAGUUUAAACCAGUUAGAACCGACCCAGACCAGUUUAAACCGUUCAGAACCGACCUAAACCAGUUCAACACAGUUAGAACCGACCCAGACCAGUUUAAACCAGUUAGAACCGACCCAAACCAGUUUAAACCUGUCAGAACAGACCUGGACCAUUCCAGACCAGCCAAGGAGGAGCAGAGAGGGAAGAGAGAUACAGGGGUUCGGCAGGACAGGGGCUCAGGGAGAGAGGCCAAGCCCAGGAGAGAGGCUGACAACAGGCUGGGUAGAGAGCAGGAGAGAGCCUCUGGCAAAGCUCCAGACACCAAAUCUGAGAAGAGGAGGAGGAAGGAGGAGGAGGAGGAGGAAGAGGGGAAACAGAGGAAAACAAGAAAGGAAGAGAGGAGUAUGUCUGAUAAAGAGAUGGACGUGCCCCAAAUCAAAUCUCCCAGUGUGGAGCUCACCGACACCGUAAAAACCUGCAACCUCAAACGUGACGUAGAGAAGGAGACGGAAAGAGAGGACGAGAGAGCUUCCGUAAGGCCUCUGAUGGAGAGUGGGAUGAAAGGAGGAGAAACUCAGAGGAAGAUCAAGACCAACAGAGAAGAAGGGAGGAGGACCGCUGGGGUUGUGAGCGUGGCCGGAGGAACAGAGGCAGCCAAUCAGAGCAGCUGUAUAAAGGGAAGCAAAGCCAAGAGGGUCCGUAAGGUCCUAGCGUCCGACGGACCAGGAACCGUAGUGGACUACACCAGCACCAGUCCUCCAGGGGGCAGUAGUGCUGUGUGUGGUGAUGGAGCAGACGGCAGAGCAGAGCAGAGGAAGACUGUCGUUAAAACACUGGAGGAAUACACCAACAACAUCUCGACACCUGCUGACGGCCAUAUUGUACUCAUACAGGUCCCUCGCUCCAAGUGGGAGAAGGAGGACUACGAAUCAGAGGAAGAGGAAGGAGGGGUCAGGGUUCAACUACUCCGCCCCUUGCUCGCCCCUCCCUCCCUUUCCCCCGGACCCCACGUCGCCGUGACAACGGAGACGGAGGCAGGGCGAUGGAAAGAGAGGGACUGUACCUUUCCCAAGCCGGAGAGAACUAUGUCCCCCUCUAGUGGCAGAGACAGAGAAGACGGCCUGCAGGAUAGGAAACAGUCCGGAGACCACAUACCUACUGAGAAAGACAGAGAGAUGGAGAGGGAGAGAGAUCGGGACCACAAAGCAACUUCUGACCGUAGACCACCGGACCCCAGAGCCAGGGAGCACAGAGACCACCUCCACCACAAACAUGAAGACAACAACGACCAGAUCUCAUCCACCGUUGGCCGUAACACCGACUCUACUGACCGUAGACCACCGGGAGACCACCGGGAGACCACCGGGGAGCUAGGCGGUGCCUCGCCCGUCUCCAAGAGCGACCAACCCCCAUCUGACCCUUCCUCUUCCUCCUCCUCCUCCACUCAGAGAUCUCAGGGAGGGUCUGAGCCCACCAGACCCAGCGAGAGCAGCCCUGGCAGGGACACGACGCAGGAUAUAUACGGCUCCAUGGAGAACCAGCCCGGGAGGGGAAAGGCUGAGGGAGAAGAGCCCAGAGCAGAGAGCUUCUCGGCGGGGAGACAGAGCCAGCAGGCCAGCCUAGGAACCCUAGAGAAGGAGACGAGUGGUGGAAAGCCCCAACAACACCCGGCCUCACUCCUACAGCCCCCAGGACUGACAACAGGGCAGGGGUGCCCCGAGCUACCUCCUUCUGACCUGGUCAGAGAGACAGAUGAGGCAGCCUUCGAACCGGACUACAGCGAGGGAGAGAUCUCAGAGGGGGAGGAGGAGGAAGGAGAGAAAAAAGUGGGCGGACAGCGAGCGGUGGAGGGAGAGCCAGCGGUGCAUGGGGGCAGCAGCAGAAGUCGUAGCAGCAGCGCCAGCUCUGUCGCUUCUACCCCGUCCCCAGACCCCCGUCCCCCAGCUUCUACCCCGUCCCCCAGCUUCUACCUCGUCCCCAGACCCCCAUCUUCUACCCCGUCCCCAGACCCCCAGCUUGUACCCCGUCCCCCAGCUUCUACCUCGUCCCCAGACCCCCAUCUUCUACCCCGUCCCCAGACCCCCAGCUUGUACCCCGUCCCCCAGCUUCUACCCCGUCCCCAGACCCCCAGCUUGUACCCCGUCCCCCAGUUUCUACCCUGUCCCCAGACCCCCAGCUUGUACCCCGUCCCCAGACCCCCAGCUUGUACCCCGUUCCCUAGCUUCUACCCCGUCCCCAGACCCCCAGCUUGUACCCCGUCCCCAGUUUCUACCCCGUCCCCAGACCCCCAGCUUGUACCCCGUAAUCUAGCUUCUACCCCGUUCCCCAUCCUCUACCCUGACCCCAUCCCCCACCUUUUAGUUGAAUGA